UGAUAAGAAUCUAAUUGAUUUGUACACGUUAACAACCAGUAGUUGUUGGAAUCAGGUAGUCUGUAAACAUGUCACACCUUAUUAAAUAUUUUACCUUUGUUUUACUGUUAAUCGGAGGAAUCAACGCAGAGGAGAUUCCACAAUUUGAGGACCUAAUCGAUUGUUUGAAAGAUGUGAUUAACAAUGGUUUUGAAGAAUUGGGAAUACCACCAUUUGCGGAAAUUCAUUUACCGGAUAUUAAUUUGCCAGUUGAGUGGCCUAUGUUUGCCGGUAAUUACAAUCUGAGCGAGCUCACCAUUGCGGGUAUCAGUAAUUUUGAUGCGACUGCGGAUCUGACAAUCAAUGAACAUUUCGAAGUAAUUAUUAAUUAUACAUUCAAGUUGCACGAACUUCGUGUGACGAGUCUGUACGAUUUUAAUAGCAGACUUGUGGGAAUCACCGAUUUGAUUGGCACCGGAAAUAUCGAUUUCAAAAUGGCGUUUGAUGUUGAAGGAGUAGUGCUUGCUGUAUCAGACUUUACUGUUACCGCAAUACCAACCAUAGACCCAAAGUUUGUGAUAACUGGCUUAUCAAUUGGCGAACGAAUGUCCGGUUUAGUGAGCAAACAGAUGGAUAAUAUUAUUAAGGGCACCAUCAACACAGAUAUGUUCAGGAAAGCAUUUAGUGAGUUAGUCGGAUGGCUUGUAAAGCAGCUGGUGAGCAGAAAUUUUGAGGUACGCGCAUCUUGGGAAGAGGGUAUCGGAAUUAUCUUGAAGUCGUGUAAUAUAGAAUUGGAAUUGUAUGAAAACGCCCAACGUUUACGAGACAAACAACAGGUUAACCUUAAAACGGAUUUGUAAAGUAAAAUACGACAUUUCUUUUUGGGUAAAAGUUAUAAUUGUUAUAUGUUUGAUGUUUUGGUUUUGAGAUAAUAGUAAAAUUUUUUAAAAUUACGAUUUAAUAAGAUAUGAAAAUAGGUAGACACAUUUAUAGUUAAAUAAUUCAAUAAUAGAUGGCGCUUAAGUGUAUUAUUAGCAAUUUUCAUUUCUUAAAAAUAAAAAUGCGAAUUUUAUUAAUACAA